CUACAUCAAUCCUCGACAGUGAACUGAACAACAGACCUCAGGUCUCACGAAUGACAGAAUCGGGAACUCGCAUGUAUUGUUCCCUACUCCAUAUAUUUGAGUCUAUACCCGGUCCUUUCCCAAUAACUGCAUCGUGCAAAAGCAGUUCAAACAGCAAGGGAAGCAAUGCGCAAGUUUUUACGAGAUAUAGCCCUCACCUCUGCAACAAAGCUAGACUUCGACAGAGGAACACGUUUGACCAACGAGGGGCGUCACAGUGAGGCAGAGGACGUAUUUCGCCAAUUAGUGCGCAUGCAAGAAGAGACACUUGGACCAGACCACAAAGACACGCUCUACAGCAAGUUCUGGCUAGGAAAAACGCUCUAUAGGCAGGAGACGUAUAGUGAGGCAGAGGAGGUGCUUCGUCAAACAGUGCGCGGGCAAGAGCAGACACUUGGACCAGACCAUGCGAACACGCUACAUAGCAAGCGCUGGCUAGGAGCAGCACUCUGUAAGCAGGAGAAGUACAGUGAGGCAGAGGAGGUGCUUCGCCAGACAUUGCAUAGGCUCGAGCAGACACUUGGACCAGACCGUGCGGACACGCUAUCUUGCAAGGGCUGGCUAGGAGUAACACUCUAUAAGCAGGAGAAGUACAGUGAGGCAGAGGAGGUACUUCGCCAGACAUUACGUGGGAAAGAGCGAGCACUCGGACAAGACCACAUUUCCUCGCUCGACACCAGGUUCUGGCUGGGAUCAGUGCUCAAUGAGCAGAAGAAAUACAUGGAGGCAGAGGAGCUGCUGCGACAUCUGGUCCAACUUCGGGCAAAGGUUCUAGGCGUGAAUCAUGAGGACACUCAUGAAAGCAAAGAAUUGCUACAAAAGGUCAUUCAUGCAAAUACGCCAUCCGCGACAAUCACGCCAUCCGCGACAACCACGCCAUCCGCGACAACCACGCCAUCCGCGACAACCACGCCGAGCGAGACAACCACGCCGAGCGAGACAAUAGAGCCUCAUAUAAAGACUGUUUUGGGCCGACUGAGUGAUCUUUUCGCCGAUAACAAUAAUAAGCAAUUGGUAUACACCGACACCCAGAUCCAACAAGUCGCGCGAUUACUACGGCAGAUUAAUCAACAAUGGAGCAAAGUUCCAAGAUUGUACAUAGUUCUUCGAACUAUCGACUGUUUAACCGCCAUUGACACUUUCAUCGACUUAGGCUACUCCGACCACUGGCUCCCCUUUACCGAAAAUGGUCUUCCGUCAUGUCUUCGACCCGGCGGGUGCUCACAGUUCGUCACUGCACAAAACCGGGUGAUGACUAAGUCAAUGGACCUUGAGAAAGGCAAGCAUUGCCAUUUCCAAGGGCAUGACUCACUUCCGCUAGAAAUGAAAGGCACCCUUGGUUCUGGAGGGUUUGGACAGGUUGACCGAGUUCUCAGCACAAUCAGCUUCCGGGAGUAUGCACUCAAGCGAGUGUCCCGGAGAAAUUUUCUCGGUGGGCGAACAGCAGAUGCUAAACGACGAAAAGAAUGCGUUCAACAGUUCAUCACCGAGAUCAAAGUUCUGAAACGUUUAAGGCACCACCACGUGGUGGAGUUCAUCGGAAGUUACACCGACUCACAGCACAUAGGGCUAAUCAUGUGUCCUGUUGCUGAUAUGGAUCUGUCCACCUACCUUGCGCGUGCCGAUAUGCCAACCUUUGGAGAGCUUCGGACCUUCUUUGGCUGUCUAGCUAGGGCGCUUGAGUUCUUGCACGGACAAAGUAUCAGGCACAAAGACAUCAAGCCUAGCAAUAUCUUGGUACACGGCGGAAACGUCCUAUUCACUGACUUCGGACUGGCGCUCGACUUCACGGAUCGGGACGGUAGCACUACAACUAGCAUGGUGAAUGGCAUGACACCGAAGUACUGUGCGCCCGAGGUAGCCAACUACGAGCCUCGAAACACCUCGUCUGAUAUCUGGAGUCUAGGAGUCGUUUUCCUCGAGAUGGUAGCGGUUCUCAAAGGUAAAACGGUGGAAGGACUUUACAAAUUUCUUGGAGAGCAUGGAUCACGGCAGACAUUCAUGCGUUCAAAUCUUGCUGGCAUGCGUAUGUUCAUCGCGCAGCUUAGAGCAAUAGGCAGCCCUACCGACAACGUAGUGCUUGAUUGGGUCCAGGACAUGGUAGAACCUCAACCACAGGAGCGGCUCACGGCGACAUCGCUGAUGAAUUCUAUCAAUAGCGCAUGUCAGCAACUGGGGCGUGGAGCCUUCUGCGGCAUAUGCUGCGCUUCGAAGGACGACGCUACAAGUGACUUGGAUGAGUACUUUGAUGAGCUAGACAUAUCUGAUCCUGAGUAGAGCUUUCAAGCUUCUUACAGUUAACACAUGGCGUACCUUUUCUUGAUGUGGCGACAUACGUUCAGCAUCGGACUCAGUAGGGCAAAGAAGCUUCAAUGAUAGAGUCAUAAUCAAUAAGAUGCCAUGGUCAGUUGACUGAAGAUCACAAGAGUACGGAAUCAUCUGUAAAAUCGGGAUGAAGAUUUUCUGACAAACCCAUAAGCGUUGUUGUAAAGUACAGGUAGUAAAAGUUUGGUUUGAUGCUCCUUUUACGUGGAGGGUUUAUUAAUUUUAUAACGUCAAUUUGUCUGAUAGCACCCACUGUAUGAAGUCCUGUACAGUUAUGCCUAAUUCCAAUAGCAUAGAUCUAUUUCAAUCCGCCCUUCCGCCCGGCCUCUCGAGCUU